AUGGUAGUCGCCACGUUGUACACGUGGCAGGCCGACCCGCUCUUCCUAGCGGCUGAGGAGGUGCAAGACUCGGCAGACAGGCUGCAGUCGAGUUUCCACCAAUGGCAGCUGCUCCUUCAGCGUCGGGAAUGCGGAGACGAACCCGCCACGUGGCAAACGCACCCAGAAAACGACAACGACGGCGACUCCAUAUGGCCUGUGCGGUCCGGGGACGACGAGGACGUGGUGGUUGUGACCUUUGAUCAGCAAGUCGACGAGGAAGGAGUGCGACUCGUGAUGCUCUGCGCGUGCGACACGCUCCGCUGGCAGCUCGAAGCCUUCGAGCGCGCGGCGCGAGACGACGAGUGGCGCGCCGAGGCGCUAGGCCAGGCGCCGUCCGCCGUGAACGAGACGCGCGAGCGGCGCCGCCAGUUCGUCUCCGCGAUUCGCGCGCAGCUGCAGCAGGUGCAGGACAUCAUCCGCCCCGCGAUCGGCGCCGCCUCGCCCACCGCAAAGGCCGCCGUCGCCUCCGGGUCUUCGGUCGGAAGCAGUAGCGCGGUUAGCGGCGUUGAUUCCGGCGGGAUAACAAUACAGAGACCCGGGGAGGGUGGGGCAGCAGGAGUGGGGGCAGGAGGGGGAGCAGGUGCUGGCGAGAAGGAGAAGAUGGGCUCUGGAAGGCUGUUGCUCGACGGACGUAUGGACAUGGCCGAAAUGGAACUGGGUCUAUUGCAAUUAAACAACAGCCAGGUCGCUCAAAUGAACGCCCAUUGGCCGGCUCAGCGACUAGCAGAGGAAGACGAGGACGAAGAUCAACGGCAGGGAUCCGCUCAUGAUGACGACGCAGGCGAGAAUCAACGGCUGGUGUUUGGCUGGCAGCUGUCGCUGCACCGGAAGAAGCGACGGUCGAGAUCGAAAGCUCGCGGCAAGGGGGAAGGGGAUGGGGAGGAGGAGGGUGAGGGAGGAACAGUGGUGCUGAUGGGUUUGAAUGGCAGAGAGCUAGUAACAGCGCUUGUGGCAAUAGUAGGGAUUUUUCUCCUGAUACUGCUGCUGCUGUCAUGGUGUGGGGCAGGGGGGUCGGCACAACAAGCAAGCAGUUCUCCGUCCCUUCCUCCUCCGAAUGAUUAG